AGCUGCUGUGGCCCCUCGACUACACGCUGCACUUUCCCUUUGCUGAGGCACAAAGCGCUUCUCUCUAGCUUCUGCACUCUGACGUCAAAAGGAGUUGUUUUUGCUCCCAGCUGUGGGGCUUUAAAUGUGAGGAGAUGAUUUUCCCAGCAGCCAGCUCCUCCUGACUCGAUCGUCCUCUUGUUUGCAAGAAGUGUGUACAGCUGCUGAGCCCAUGAUCUCCCUGGCCAUGGUCGCUGCUCAUAGCUCGUCCCAAUCCUCAGCAUCAUCAGAAUGGAUCUCUUGCCUGGAUAAAAGACCUGCGGAACGUUCUAGUGAAGAUGUUGACAUUAUAUUCAGCUGGCUCAAAGGACUGAAGGCAUUUGAGAAAUUCCAUCCCACCCUCUUGUACCAGAUCUGCUUGUAUGGGUACUAUGAAAAUUUGGAGAAAGGUGUCACGUUGUUUCGACAAGGAGAUCUUGGGACAAGUUGGUAUGCAGUACUCGCUGGAUCCCUGGAUGUUAAGGUGUCAGAAACAGCCAAUCACCAGGAUGCUGUUGUACUGUGCACUCUCGGAAUUGGAACAGCAUUUGGAGAAUCAAUUCUGGACAAUACUCCUCGCCAUGCAACAAUUGUUACCAGGGAGUACAGCGAGCUUCUCCGCAUUGAACAGAAAGACUUCAAAACACUUUGGGAGAAAUAUCGACAGUACAUGGCAGGGCAUUUGGUCCCUCCCUAUGGUGUUAUGGAAACUACUUCUAGUAAUGACCGAAUCCCUGAAAAGGAGAAUGUGAGCAGCAGUACACUGUGUUCUGUGUCAAAAAACAAGCUGCAGCAGUCACAAGAUGUUUUGAGUAUCAGAAGUGUUGAAAGCUUCAAUAUAGAAUUCCUGACUUUUUCUGAAAUCUCUUUUGGAUGUUGUUCCUUCAUGCCUACAGCAGUUAUUGAAAAUCGUGUCCCUCUACAUCCAGUUAAAACCAUUACUCAGGUUCCAUCUGAAAAAAUCCUUAGAGCUGCAAAGGUUUUACGAAGUGUGAUACUAUCUCAAGCACCUCACAUGAUUAGAGAUCGGAAAUACCACCUGAAGACCUACAAGCAGUGCUGUGUUGGCACAGAAUUAGUGGACUGGAUGAUUCAGCAGACACCUUGUGUUCAUUCCCGCCCACAAGCUGUAGGCAUGUGGCAGGUGCUGCUUGAGGAAGGAGUCAUGAACCACGUGGACCAAGAGCACAGUUUCCAGGACAAGUACCUGUUUUAUCGGUUCCGGGAUGAUGAACAGGAGGGUGUCCCUCCACCCACAGAUGAGGAGAAAAGAGAGUGUGAGGAGGAGCUACAAGAAACCAUGCUUCUCCUUUCUCAGAUUGGGCCAGAUGCACACAUGAGAAUGAUUUUACGCAAACAGCCAGGCCAGAGAACUGUUGAUGAUUUAGAAAUCAUAUAUGAAGAAUUGUUACACAUUAAAGCCUUGUCUCGACUCUCUACCACAGUAAAGCGAGAGCUUGCUGGUGUUUUGAUAUUUGAAUCUCAUGCCAAAGCAGGGACAGUGUUGUUUAAUCAAGGAGAAGAGGGCACUUCAUGGUAUAUUAUCCUCAAGGGCACAGUGAAUGUUGUUAUCUAUGGCAAGGGAGUAGUCUGUACAUUACAGGAAGGAGAUGAUUUUGGAAAGUUGGCUUUGGUGAAUGAUGCUCCAAGAGCAGCCUCCAUAGUACUUCGUGAGGAUAAUUGCCAGUUUCUACGUGUAGAUAAAGAAGAUUUUAACAGAAUCCUUUGCGAUGUUGAGGCCAAUACAGUGAGACUCAAAGAACAUGGACGAGACGUUUUGGUUUUGGAGAAAAUACCAAUGGGUAGCAGACCUUCUAAUCAGGGAAGCACACAGACACAAUACAAAUACACAGUGAUGGCAGGAACUCCUGAAAAAAUAUUAGAGCACUUUCUGGAAACUAUACGCCCUGAUUUGCCUGCUAAUGGAAUGACAGGUGUCCCUCCACCAUGGUCCCUGACUGAGAGGAAGGGUGAGGCUUUUUUGACAGAUCCAUGCCUUGAUGACUUUGUUCUGUUGCACUGCAUUUUUAUGCCACACAGCCAGCUUUACCCAGCCCUAAUGGCUCAUUACCAUGCAGAAGCAUUGCAAGGUACAGAACAAGAGAAGCUGGACUAUGCCCUCAGUAACAAGAGACGGGUCAUCCGCCUUGUCCUACACUGGGCAAAGGUAUAUGCAGAUCUCUUACAGGAAGAAGACAGUGCUGUUGCAUUUCUUGAAGAAUUUUUUGUGUCAGUGUCAGAUGACUCACGGAUGAUUCCUGCUUUGAAGGAACAGCUCCCAGAAUUAGAGAAACUGGUAAAACAGAACUCCGAAGAAGGAAAUGGCAAGGCAUCACAAAAAAAGCACAAAGUUAUUUUGCGUCAAUUCAGCAUUGGUGAGGAUAGACUCCAAAAGAGACAACCAAUACGAAGUACAGAUGAAAUUCUCUUUAAGAUUUACUGCAUUGAUCAUACGUACACCACGAUCCGUGUGCUUGUGGCAGCCUCCGUAACAGAAGUCAUCAGUGCUGUGAAAGACAAGCUCGGAUCAACAGAAGACCUAAUUCUUGUGCAAAUGAGCUCAGCUGGAGAAAAAGUGGUGCUGAAGCCAAAUGAAGUUUCGGUUUUUACAAUGUCAAAUGUGAAUGGGCGUUUGUUUGUCUGUCCGAGGGAAAAAUUUGAUUGUCUGACACCACUGCCAGAACAGGAGGGCCCAUCCACUGGAACUAUGGCAACUUUUGAGUUAAUGAGUUCUAAAGAUCUAGCCUAUCAGAUUACGAUUUAUGACUGGGAGUUGUUCAACUGUGUAUAUGAGCUGGAAUUGAUUUAUCACACAUUUGGAAGACAUCAUUUCAAGAAAACCACUGCCAAUCUCGAUCUAUUUCUUCGAAGAUUCAAUGAAAUUCAGUUCUGGGUUGUAACAGAAAUCUGCCUAUGUUCUCAGCUCAGCAAAAGAGUACAACUUCUGAAGAAGUUUAUCAAGAUUGCAGCUCAUUGCAAAGAGUAUAGAAAUUUGAACUCCUUUUUUGCGCUGGUAAUGGGACUGAGCAAUGUAGCUGUUAGCCGUCUCUCUCAGACCUGGGAGAAACUUCCCAGUAAAUUCAAGAAAAUCUAUUCAGAAUUUGAAAGCUUAAUGGAUCCUUCCAGGAACCAUAGGGCAUACAGACUUACAGUAGCCAAACUGGAGCCACCAAUCAUUCCCUUCAUGCCUUUACUUAUAAAAGACAUGACAUUUACCCAUGAAGGCAACAAUACACUCAGGGAUAGCCUUAUCAAUUUUGAAAAAAUGCAUAUGAUUGGCAACUCAGUAAGGACAGCCAGACACUGCAGAAGUCAGCCCUUCAAUCCAGAUUCAUCACUUGCAAACAAGAACCAUCAGGAUGUCCGUGUAUAUGUUCGACAGCUUAAUGUAAUUGACAAUCAGAGAACUUUAUCACAGUUGUCUCACAAGUUGGAACCACGGCGAUCCUAAUAGCUUUUCACUGCCAUAAAAGAAAAUAUUUAUUGAAUUUCAGCACAAUGGGCGCUGUGUGGUUUGUAAUAAAAGUAAUUAUUGAAAUUGGAUGGUAAGUUAGCUACCUUCAUUCCAGAGGAAGAUCAUUCUGAAUGCUUUAGUCCAUGUUACAGUUAUUAUACCUGCCUUUUCCAAGAUUUGGAAUUCAUAAUGUGUUUCAUAAUGACCAAAAUAUCUUCUCUAUUAAAAGAACAGUUUUCUUUUACUUAGAUUCUUAUGUGUACAAUGCAGAAGAAUUUGUGCCAAGAAUUUCCCUAUUUAAGCACACUGAGUUGAUCCUUAAAUCUUUAAAACAAGUUACAUUUGUUCAGAUUCUAUAAGCAGGUUGUUUUGUUUCAAGAUGAUGGCACAAAAUAUUUGAUAUUUUCACUAAUUGUUACUUCUUUUUAAGGUAUUUCUAAACUUUCCACUUUAGGUCAAAACUUGGAAAACAGCACAAAAUGCACAAGAUAAAAUUGUGGAACAAAUUCCAGCAUUUCCUGUAACCUUUUUUGUUAGUAUUAUAAUCAAGUUUUAGUCUUUUAAUAUAAAAUCAGUGUAACCUUUAAAGCUGAGUGAAUAUAGGCAUGUCCUGUUUGCCUAGAAGGUGCUACCUCAAAGUGUUAGUUGCCCCAACCAACUCUCGAUAACAUGGUGUGGAAGUCUGCUGUGCUUGUUAGUAACACACUCGUUUAAUUAAGCACCACCCAACUAGUUAACCGCAAGCACACCUCGACACCAGAGUUUUAUUCUUUUUAGGAUGUUUUGUAACUUCUGCUCUCAAAAUUAUUUUCAACUAAACAAAAUUGGAUUUAGAAAUUGAAAAAUGUGUCCAGAAUGCACCAAAUUUACUUUAUAAAAUUCUGAUCAUAUUCUGUCCAUCCCCAUCCCUCAACCCUCAGGGAUGCAUGCCUCCAGACACUUGAAAAAAAGUAUCAAACAUCAUGUUAUUGUGACACACAGCCACCCUGUUACAGAAAUCUGUGGAAAUCCCUGAAUGCUGAUUUAUUUGUUUAGCACUAUUAAGCAAAUAUAAAAUUGUUUUUUUUAAAAAGCUUAAUACAUUUAUCAGUGAACGUUCUUUAAUUGAUACUGUGCCAAAAGUGUUGCUAUAUUUAAUUUAUUGUUUCUGUUUAAUUUAUGUAUGUUUAUACAUUUGUCAACUAACUAUUACAUCAAGUUACAUUUUUGUUAGAGUUCAAAUGUUCACUGCCUUGUAUUCAUUGUUUAUAAAUAAUGUUAUUAUGUGUACAGCAAAUGUCUCUAAUGUUUGCUCGGAUAAAACAAAUGUGACAAUGGUAUGUUUCCUCGAAUCAAAUAAAAAUUAAGCUGUUUCUACAAAA